UAUAUUUGUCAAAGAGCAGCUGAAGCUAUAAUAGCCGACAUUGGACCAUUUCGUUUGUCCAACGAUGCCCUUCAAACAAUUAAUUUAUUUUUGGAUGAAUUCCUUGCUGUUUUGCUGCUAACAGCGACACAACUUGAUCUUGUACGUAUAAAAGCAGCAGUAAUACAACUCUUGCCUCAUUAUUCUUUGGGUAAAAAUGCACUUGUAGAAGCGGAAUUAGAACUCAAGCAGCAAUUAGAAUCAUCAAAGUCAAUAAACAACUUGCAGCAACCACCACAGCAUGAUUUUUCAACAUACGAAAAAAUGCGGUCUUUAACCAUAGGAACAGUAAUGGUUUAUGUCACAGCUAUUGUUGAGCAUAUCGCAGAAUAUCUACUAAAUGCAGUUGCUAUGAUGGCUGAUCGAGUGAAUGCAGAUUAUAUCAAAGUUAAGGAGGUCUUAUACACGUUAAUAGAAGACCCUCAAGUUGGUAAUUUAUUUCGUCGUAUGAAUUUGAAGGAAACUUUAGAGGUUAGGAGAAAUGGAAAAAAUUUAUAUACUAACCGGCUUUGUUCAAACGAUCAGUUAUACCUUGUUUCCUAA